CGAGCUUCGAGAUUGCCCGGUUCAUCGUCCAGCAACAACAAUGGCCAAGGGAGCUAAGCAGAGGCGCAUUCUUGUGCGGCUCGUGUCUUCCGCCCUCACGGGCUUCUUCUACACCACUUCGCGGACACGACUUGCCGACAAGUUGCAGAUGAUGAAGUACGACCCGGUUGUCAAGAAGCGCGUCCUUUUCAUCGAACAAAAGAUCAAGUAGACGAAGCUUAUGCGCGGCCUGUAUGCAUAUACCCUCACUCCCAACCGCGCACGACCACGAGGAUAUCGCCGGUUACAAUCUGCGGGCCAGCGGGGCAAGUCAGAUCGAGGGCAGUGGCAGUGCGUGACCCCGGCCGGGGUGAAACGAUGAGUACGGUGAUGGG